CUUAAAUUGAACAUCAAAUACAUUAGUAUAUUUCUUAGGUAUUAUUGCUUUUAUUUUUUAAUUAAGCUCCAACGUCACGUCGUCAUAUUCGAGUGGAUAACACUGGCGCCAGUAGUACUGCGUUAUAAAAUAAUACAAGCAAAAAUAUUCAUAUUUUUCGAAUUUCCAACUAUUUCACAUAUAAGCGGAUUUGAGGAAAUUCGUACAACUUCACGUAUAAAAUAAAGGGAAUUUUAACAAUCCUAGAAGGAAGUAAUUGAUUUGAUGCAAUUUUUCUUUUCGGAGCGAAAAUCCCAACUUUUACGAGCAAGGUGAGAUUCGCACUCAUAAUUGAUGUCCUGUAACCAUUGGAUGCGUGUUUGCUUUGCUUAGAAAAACGAAGAUUAUUUAAAAAAUUGUUGAUUUUAAAGAGAAAUGUCGAAGCAACCGAUAGAUACUUCUAAUGAAUUCAAGGCCCAAAAGGAUUUAGAAAUUGAUCCGGAGUGUGCGCUCGAACACGAUCGUCAGAUGUUGCAACAGCUUUCUGAACAUGCUUCUGACUUGGAUUCCCCUAAUGUUGCUUCCAAUGGCGAUAUUCCGCUCGGGUUCGACCUUUCUGGAAUUCCAAUCAACAUGACCCCAGAUUUUUAUCUGCGAAUGAAUCAGAAUAUGGAAUACGCCUUUAAUCAGCCGAAUCCAGUUGCCUCUCCCCAGUACCUACUUCGUAGCUCUCUGGUUCCAACUUUGGCAAACCUCAGCAAUAUCAUAUUGUCUAUCCUUGGAAAGCCUGUACAGGAGGCUUCGGCCAUUGUUACAAACCCAGCGUCAGAAAUGGGAAUGGCCUUCACAAAGUUAAUGAGCAUGUUUCGUAUGAUCAAAGACAUAUAUACUGAAGAUUCGUUCAUUUAUCCCGCCGUCAUUAGCAUGCGUACUCCUUCUCAGCGGAGUGCAGUCCGUCGAGCCAAUCUGGCAAUCUUCUUGUCUGCUGUUUAUGGCGCUCUUCAAAUUGGGUUCUUUCAUUUAAACGAAAAUUUUUUGGAAGUGUUUGCUCCUGAUGAAGCCAACAUUCUUACCAAUCAAGGGACUUUAUACAUGGAAUUGAAAACGCAAGCUUACAUUUCAGCCAUGGCACAAGCAGAACGACCUAAGGAAGAUAUUUUGAAUGACCUUUUUCCUUCUGAUAUGGCUCAUCGGUUUUUAUUGCGCCGUAAUGCUAAGUUAGACGAUAAGCUUACUUACGUCGAAAAGCAAAUUCUAGAGAAAUGUGCUGCUCGAAAAGAGCGUUUAUCGAAUUUCACCCCUCAGGAAGCGUUAAACGAAGUUUAUCCAUGGGGGAAAUUUUUAAGUGAAAUAGCCUGUUAUAUUCACAAUAACCACUCAUCGAUUGCAGCUAUUCCUGUACCCAAUGGUAAUGCCAAGCGGAAAGCUAAAAGACAAGGAGGCAGAUAUAAAGCUUGUGAUGAAAAUUCGUCUCCGUCAGAUUCUGGUUCUGACUUGACAGACGGUUUAGCUUUUGGUCUACCAACAGCUACUUUAGAUGCUACUUCCGAAGCGAAUAACGUAUCCAGCGUUGUUUUAUACGACCAGGUUCGUAGCAUGACAAACACCGGUAAUGGCAACAAGCGGACCAAGAAAGUUGCAAAUCGAAGGACGUGGACGAAAGAGGAAGAGGAAGCUCUUUUGGAUGGACUUGAUUUAGUAAAGGGUCCCCGAUGGAGUCAAAUUUUGGAGCUUUAUGGUCCAGGUGGUAAAAAAAAUGAAGUCUUGAAACAUCGAAAUCAAGUUCAAUUAAAGGAUAAAGCUCGAAAUAUGAAACUUUUUUUCUUAAAAAGUGGACAGAUUGUUCCAGCCCCUUUGCAAUGUGUUACUGGUGAUCUUCGGAGAGAAUAGAAACUCCUAGAUGACCAUUUGCUUGUUUUUUUAGAAGUUGUGUUUUAUCUUUUACUGAGUUUGAAUGGUUUGGGUUAUUUAUAUAAUAUUAUUUUUAAUGUCUAAGGAAUUUUGGGGAAUAAUACUUUAAGACUGUUCAUCACAAUAGAGCAUUCACGGGUAUCUUUUGUAACAAUUUCAGAAGAUGAUUUUGCAAUUGCUUGUUCAACUAUAUGUGAUACUCUUUGGUAAUCGUUACGGAAAACUAGAAGCAAAGUAGGAUCUCGACGAUCAAGGUUCUGCAUCUUUGUGCUUAUUGAAAUAGCCAGUUCUUUAAAAUAGAACAUGCUAAUUGUAGCACCAUCAAGAAUGAAAUUAGGUUGUGCUUGAAAAU